GUGUGUCGGGCUCGACUCACCCGUCGACAAGCAUCAGAUGACCGACCCAGGAUCCCCAGGUCACACGGCACCAUGCACCAAGGCAACUCGACGGAGAUCACGGACUACCAGGUAUUCCAGUUGCCCCAUCCCAGCACAGAGAAAAUUUAUAUAGAGGUACAGAUAGAGGGAGCCCCAUGCCGCAUGGAGCUGGACACGGGUUCAACUCUAUCCAUAAUCUCGGCCCGAACAUUAAGGGAACUGUGCCCUAAUGGGGGUCCCAAACUAAGGCCGGCCCCAUUCACCCUCCGGGACUUCCAGAAACGUAAGGUCCCUACAAUGGGGGUGGGGACCUUCAGGGUGCAAUAUCGAGGGCGAAAGCAACAAUUGGACUUGCUGGUAGUUAAGGGCCCCUACGUUAGCUUACUGGGACUGGCAUGGUUUGGACCUCUGGGGCUAGCCGUUACCGGGGUGAACCGCACUAGCUUACAAGUGGACGUGGACGCCAUAUGCAAAGAGUUUCCAGGGGUUUUCGAUGGGGCAUUGGGACGAUAUACAGGACCCCCCAUUGCCCUACAGCUAGACCCCGCUGUACGACCCAUCAGGCACAAGGCCCGCCGGGUCCCGUUCGCCCUGAAACCCCGCAUAGACGAGGAAUUGGACCGGCUCGUGGAGCAAGGAGUGCUGGAGCCGGUGCCCAACGCCCCCUGGGAAACUCCAAUUGUCACACCCGUCAAGCCUAACGGUUCGGUCCGCAUCUGUGCAGACUACAAAUGCACCAUAAACAAGGCUCUCACGGCCCAUGCAUACCCAGUGCCAGUGGUCAGCCAUGUCCUCGCCACCCUGGCUGGGUCAAAAAUCUUUGGCAAACUGGACUUGGCCCAAGCGUAUCAACAGUUGCCUGUGGACGAAGCCACAGCAGAGGCUCAGACGAUUGUGACGCACAGAGGGGCAUUCAGAGUAAAGUGGCUGCAAUUUGGCGUUAGCGUGGCACCAGGCAUAUUCCAGAAUCUAAUGGACUCUCUCCUUAAAGGGAUUCCUGGCGUCACCCCCUUCUUCGAUGAUGUACUGAUCGCCGGGCCCACACCAGAGGAAUUUGAGGACCGCCUCCGCUCCGUCCUGCACCGUUUCCAGACGGCGGGCCUCAAGGUGAAGCGGGAAAAGUGUUUACUGGGAGUGCCGCAGGUGGACUUUCUGGGAUUUAAGGUGGACACAGAAGGGGUCCAUCCAACCGGUGACAAGGUACGGGCCAUUUGUGAGGCACCAGCGCCCAAGAGCAAGCCCGAACUUCAGUCAUUCUUGGGACUAUUGAACUUUUACCAUGCCUUCCUUCCCCAUAAGGCAGCGGUAGCGGAGCCCCUACACAGACUCCUAGAUAAAAGGGCCCCUUGGGUGUGGGGCCAGCGACAAAGGGCCGCAUUCCAGGCAGUCAAGGACUUGCUCGUCUCGAACUCGGUCUUGGCACACUUCGACGAGAGGCUGCCAGUGGUGCUGGCAUGCGACGCCUCUCCCUAUGGCAUCGGCGCUGUCCUGGGACACCAACUCCCGGAUGGAAGAGAGGUGCCGGUGGCAUACUUCUCCCAGACGCUUGCUGCAGCCGAACGAAACUACUCACAGAUUGACAAGGAGGGUCUGGCAAUCGUGAAGGGCGUAAAAAAAUUCCAUGAUUUCUUGUACGGGCGGCCCUUUACCAUAGUGACUGACCACAAGCCGUUGCUUGGCCUGUUUGCCCCCGAGAAGCAGACCCCCCAAGUGUUGUCUCCACGUGUCCUCAGGUGGUCAAUUUUCCUUGCCGGCUACCAGUAUGCACUAAUCCACCGCCCUGGGAAGGCGAUGGGCCACGCAGACGCACUCAGCAGGCUACCACUACCAGAAACAGGCCCCGACCCAGCGCCUGCGCAAGAGGUUAUGACCCUGGAGCUGCUUCCCGACCGACCCAUUCAGGCACAAGAAGUUGCGCACCAUUCCACAAAAGAUAGGGUCAUCUCCCGGGUCCUGGACUGGGUGUGGCGAGGAUGGCCCAGCAGCAGCCCCGGGCCAGAAUUCGCUGGCUACACAAACCGCAAACAUGAACUGUCGGCCCACAAGGGGUGCCUGUUAUGGGGAAGCAGGGUCGUUGUUCCCCAGCCCCUCCGCAAAAGGGUCCUCACAGCCCUACACGAGACACACCCAGGGGUAGUGAGGAUGAAGGCCCUUGCCAGGAGUUAUGUGUGGUGGCCGGGGAUUGACAGAGAGAUAGAGGCCUGGGUCCAACACUGCCAGACCUGCCAAGAAUCCCGCCCGGAUCCCCCAAGGGCCCCAGUCCAGCCCUGGGAGUCCGCCCGACAUCCAUGGUCACGCUUGCACGUGGACUUCGCUGGCCCCUUCCAGGGAAAAACAUUCUUCAUAGUGGUGGAUUCCUACACCAAAUGGCUGGAGGUCGCACUGGUACCGUCCACUUCUACGGCGGCAGCCAUACGGGUACUACGUAAGCUGUUUGCAACCCACGGGCUCCCUGACACCCUCGUCUCGGACAAUGGAACCGCAUUCACGUCAGAGGAGUUCCAGACCUUCACAGCGCAGAACGCCAUCCGCCACAUCCGCUCAGCACCAUUCCACCCUGCCACCAAUGGCCAAGCGGAGCGCAUGGUGCGGACCACCAAGGACAGCCUCUGCCGCAUAACACAAGGGGACUGGGAAUACCGCCUUGCCGCAUUUCUUCUAGCACAGCACAGCACCCCAAGCACAACGACGGGCCGGAGCCCAGCUGAACUACUCAUGGGCCGGCGCCUUGCAACUAGACUGGACCGACUUCACCCCGACAGAGCUCAGGAUGAGGUAGUGGAGGGGAAAGGCAGGAACCCCCGGACAUUUGUGGCCCAGGACCCAGUGUAUGCAAAGAAUUUUGGGGCAGGCCCAGCAUGGGUACCCGCCACAGUCACCAAGGUGACCGGUCCCGUGUCGUACGAGGUACUAACGGAAGGGGGGCAAUGUUGGCGCCGCCACUGCGACCAGCUACGGCGACGAUUCCCAGGAGGAACCCGGGAGGAGAGCGGGACAGAGGGGUCCCAAGGGGACAGCAGGGCAGUGAGGCCUGUAGAGCGAGAGGGGUGGGCAGGGGAAGCAGAAGCAGAAGCAGUAGGCACAGAGGGGCGCCCCGAGGCUGGAAGGACACCGGAACCAGAGUCACAACCUAGUGGUUCAGUGGCGCCAGACCAGACAGCCCCGGCACAGCCAGCAGCCUCGGAACACGAGCCAGAACCAGAACCCCUGACCAAGGAACACCCCAGGCCACAACGCACACGGAGGCGGCCAGCAGACCUUGGGGACUACGAAUGCAACUUCCCAGGCAGGACUGGAACUUAGAGGGGAGGGGUGUUAUGUACUGAGCUGAAUCCUAGAACAAUAGGAUUCAGAAUCAGCGGGAGCUACCCAAUCCAACUCCAGGUGGAAGUGAAUCCGCAACCUGAUUGGCCUGCUGGAGCAGCCAAUCAGGCGGCUGGCAGAAGUGAAUCUGCUACCUGAUUGGCCUGUAGGAGCAGCCAAUCAGGCUGCAGGCAGAAGUCAAUCCACAAUAUAAUUGGCCCACAGGUGUAGCCCUGAAGUAGCCAAUCACGCAAGGCCCAUUGUGUAAAUAAUGUAUAUAAGCAGAUGGUUUUGGGAAAAGAGCGAUUCGUCUUCUCUUCUUCUCC